AUGUCAGUUGAAGACUUAAAGCAAACCGUUGCCAAAUUACAAGAACGUAUCCACCAAUUGGAAAAGAAAGCUGGUAUUAUUCCAGAUGUUCCAAAGUCAAUCCGUAUGGUUCUUAUUGGUCCUCCAGGUAGUGGUAAAGGUACUCAAGCACCAAACUUACGUGACAAAUUCUGUGCUUGUCAUUUAGCCACUGGUGAUAUGUUGAGAGCUCAAGUUUCCGCCAAGACUGAAUUGGGGGUUGAAGCCAAAAAAAUCAUGGAUCAAGGUGGAUUAGUUUCUGAUGAAAUUAUGGUUAAUAUGAUUAAAUCUGAAUUGGAAGGUAAUAAGGAAUGUAAGAAUGGUUUCAUUUUAGAUGGAUUCCCAAGAACUAUUCCUCAAGCUGAAAAAUUGGAUAAGAUGUUGGAAGAAAGAAAAACUCCAUUAGAAGCUGCCGUGGAAUUAAAGAUUGAUGAUGAAUUAUUAGUAGCUAGAAUCACUGGUAGAUUGGUUCAUCCUGCUAGUGGAAGAAGUUACCAUAAGUUAUUCAACCCUCCAAAGAAGGAAAUGACUGAUGAUCUUACUGGUGAACCAUUGGUUCAAAGAUCAGAUGAUAAUGAAGCUGCUUUAAAGAAAAGAUUGGUCACUUAUCACAAACAAACUUUCCCAAUUGUUGACUACUACAGAAAAGCUGGUAUUUGGAGUGGUGUUGAUGCUUCUCAAAAGCCAUCCAAGGUUUGGACUGAUAUCUUAAAAUGUUUAGGUCAAAACUAA